CACAGUAAACUAUGCUCAUUAUGAAACUCACAGAGUAUCACUUUGGAGCGUUCAUGUAUCAGCCGAGGCGUUAAAUCUAAUUAGAAUUCACAAAAAGUCAUCAUCUCGUAAAGUCUGCUGUAUAGCGUCAUUAGCUUUCUCAUAUGUACCAACGACAAAAAAGAAUAUAGUACGACAGGACCCACAUUUAAAGGACCAUUCAGCUUAUUGGUGGUAUCACUACAAAGCGGAAUAUUGAAUUUCAGGAUGGUUGAAAUGGAAUUAGCGGUAAAUCGAAAAGUGUAACAUCUCUCCUCAUCUUGGAUUAACUUGAGUAGUAUUGAAACAAAAAAAAACAAGUUAGCAGUUGUUACGUGAGAAAAUACGUCUCAAAAACGUCUGUUCUAAAUGAGAAAAGGAUUUAAAUAUGUUGUGAAUUCGGACUGAGAUCACAGUGACGUAAAUUUGAAAACCAGAGAUGGAAUUAUUGAACUGGCCUGGUCUGAUUGUAUGUUUGCUUUCGUUCAAAUGGGUCACUUCGAGUAUAGAGGAGGAAAGAAAUUGCGGUCAGGGUUUCUAGAACUCCACGGUUACCUUGAGAAAUAGCAGACGAUAUUUGUUUACAUUGUGCAUGACAGAUUGCUUCGGUUGUUCCUUUCAUUUUUCUCCUGAUACAAGAGAUAUGGAUGGAGAACGGCAACGUUUGAUCAGACUUUUCAACUUGGCAGACGCGUUAGGGACGCCGAUCGGACUAACCACGGAUUUUACGGUGGCGGACGACAUGGAGGAGGCGGACAUCCAGCGCUGUAUCAGGAAUCAUUCCUUCCUGUCGCUUACGGAAGAAAACAGAAGGAUUUAUUUCAUUACCAAUGUGUUAGUGACACCUGUUUUAGUCUCAUUCGGAUUAUUAGCAAAUAUUCUGACCAUACUGGUCCUCGGGAAAGUGAAAUCUAAGCACAGAAACGCCGUGGACUUCAUUAUGAUUAUUCUUGCCGUGUGUGAUUUGACAAUCCUUGUGUUAAAAAUCCCCACCAUCUUGGGCGACCUCGGGGCAAUCAGUUCCCAUUCCAUGUUUACCACAUGGAUGCUGUAUUAUAAGUUGAUAUCGCACGAAACGAUAACGACGCUCCGACGGUUCCUCCUGUGGUUGGCAGCAAUGUUAGCUACAGUCAGAUUCCUUGCGAUUGCUGAUCCUUUCCAUUCCUACCGCUGGACGAAACGUGGCGGAAUUCUCAUCGGGAUCAUUGUGACACUAAUGCUCACGGUCUUCUUCUGCACCCCAGAAUACCUGUCCAUCAAAAUCACCGAAAUCAGCAGCACGUGCGCCUACAGUAUUAGUAAAAUAUUCGUCCUGGAUUAUACAAAGCUUGGCAAGAACGAAUCCUUCCUUUCCAUCUACCCAUUCAUCUCCGCAGCGCUUUUCUUUGUCAUGCCGUUCACCGUGAUGUUGAUCUCUAACAUUCUUCUCGUUCAUUGUAUCCAUAAAUCAGUCAGCAGGCAGAGAUUAGACCCGAGGGAGGUAUCAAGACGCAGACGACGGGAUCUCAAGCUGAGCGUCAUGGUAUGCCUGAUCAUUCUCAACUACUUCCUCACAGUCUUCCCAAAAUGCCUCGGUGAAGUUUACUUAGGAAUGGGGACAGUUGAAGCAAAGAAUGAGACAGGUUUCCGAGCAUAUUUUCUCAUAGUCAAUUGCUUGAGUCUAUUUGACUCUUCUAUAAACCUUCUUCUCUACAGUGCUUUGAGCGGUGACUUUAGAAAGACAUUCCGGAAAACUUUCUGCUGUUGUUUCCGACGCAGGGAUACUGUUGCCGAUGAAAGCAUUAACGCUUCCCCGGUCAAAACGUCAAUGUACAGCGAACAUGAUAGUGUGUUCUCGUGUGUGCCUUUCAGGGGUUCAUUUAGAUUCUUAAGCAGAAAGAUCACCGUUAAAACCAUUGGCCCAAUCCAAGUUCAUGAUCAGGCUGACAUCUCAACCCAACCGAUGGUCAAACGCCAUAGGACAACUUACAUCCGGUCCACAAAUCGAACCGGAGCAGGAAAUUGUCGUCACGUUUGCACGCGCACCGGAAAUCACGUGCAAAACGACAGAGAUUGUUCACCGAUGAUUGGAUGUCGCCACAAUUGCGGAUGUGCCAUCGACAGUGGCGACCUCUAUGUUCAUUUAAGGACAUGCAUUGAUUGGGAACAUUUAGAAGAGACAACAAUUUGAUCAAAUUUUCGAUAGAAAUUGUCAAAAAGCUAACUUGCCAGGCAUCAGAAUGGAUGUAAAUCUAAAACAACUUGAUUCCAACUUUUAUUUAUUGUUUUCUAUGUAUUUUACAGUUACACUGUGCCUCAUUUUCGCUGCAGCGCUUGGUGUCGCAACCAUAACCGCUUGUAGACAACAUAUUAUCAAAAAGUAGCUAAAAUCAAAAUUUCAAGUUUACCGUAGUUUGAAGUAUUCUCUCGGUAUUGUCGGUACACCAAACCCUAUUCGGGUGGUGUUGCCAUUUCGCCCGACGGAGAGACGCUCGAUUCUGUCCUACACUCGCAGUUCGAUAUCAAUCGUUACACCUAACAUCAUUAAGAACUACUUUGGCAACCUGCUUGACACCUUAAUUAGUGUCGUCAGCGUUAUGUAAGGCAAUUACAAGUGUCUCUUAUUAUGUGUCCAUCCCAGUGAACCUCAUUAAUCAGGUUAUAAUUGGCUACCGUCUUACCAAACAAGCUCAUCCGGUUUAUCAUUCUAAAACACCUUGGUUAUACAGCAUGGCAUUUUUACCGGGUGAUAAAGCACUGUGCCUCGUUUUCGUGGCAGCGGUUAUGGUUAGUCGCAACCAUUACCGCUCGUGUUGGUAUAAAAUAGCGAAGUAGUCAAAAAGUAGCUAAAAUUACAUUUCAAUGCUAAGUUGGAGGUGUUUUUGAAUAGAAAUUGAUACUCCACUGUCGAUAUAUAGUUGUCUCACCAAACGCCGCUCGGGUGAAGCUGCCAAUUCCUAACAAACCUCGGCUGACGCUUCGGUUUUUACCUACAUCUUAGCUUCACCAUCACGGUGUCACCAACCUCCAUUUCUGUAUCAAUUCCUUUCGGCAUUGCCGUCUGCAUAGAAAUAUUUAGCUUGCUACCAUAAAUACGUCAUGCCUACGGAAUAAAGGUUUCACCCAGAUCUACUGCAUUUUGGAUGAAAUCGCAAUUCCCCAGGAAAUUGUGGACAGAUUAGUACUUCACAUGAUUGAUAAUGGUCUUCUCAUUAGGGUGGUUAGAGCCUUUUGGUGCCGAGUGAGGGCGCUUGUUCUACCAGUACCAGUUUAAGCAAAAGUGGCUUGCUUAGUUGUUUUGUUUCUGGCGUAGUUUUGCAAAAUUAUAUCAACAUCAG